CCUCCUUUCGCCAUUCCGGGGUGUCGCCGCACCACAGAGCGCACUGAGGGAGUCCUGCGAAGAGAGGCAGCCCAGUACGCUCCAGGCCUCUUCACACCUUCAUCCAGGCCACACGGUUCCCCAGCAUGCCCCAGAAGACAGGUAUCCGCUCAUUAUUUCCCCAGAGACCCGCCGCAGACCUCCCCAGCAGCCCCGUUUGAAAGAUUACGGCGACACCGAGGGAUGCUACUGCAGCAAACGCACCCCGCAACUGCAAACAUUCUCGACGUCUGCCCGAGGACCAGAUACAUUUGGUUGGCCCCUGACAGAAGCCCCCGAGGAUGUCCGACAGCGGUGCGAGCAUGAACUCCGAAGAUCGGCCGGUUAAAACGGUCCCCUUCCCCCUGAGCCACAGACUCUCCAUGAAGGAGGUGUUUGACUGUGAGGGGAAGCCCAGAGUAGACCUGCUAAAAGCCCACCUCACCAAGGAGGGUCGCCUGGAGGAGGUGGUGGCCCUACGUAUCAUCAAUGAGGGAGCCGCCAUCCUGCGCCAGGAGAGGACCAUGCUGGAUAUAGAGGCCCCAGUCACAGUGUGUGGAGACGUCCACGGUCAGUUCUUUGACCUGAUGAAGCUGUUUGAGGUGGGGGGUUCCCCCGCGACGACACGCUACCUCUUCCUAGGGGACUACGUGGACCGGGGUUACUUCAGUAUUGAGUGUGUGUUGUAUCUGUGGUCAUUGAAAAUCCUCUACCCAAAGACGUUAUUUCUUCUACGGGGAAACCAUGAAUGUAGACACUUGACAGAAUAUUUCACUUUCAAAACAGAAUGUAAGAUAAAGUACUCUGAGCAGGUGUAUGACUCGUGUAUGGAUGCGUUUGACUGCCUGCCGCUGGCUGCUCUGAUGAACCAGCAGUUCCUGUGUGUCCAUGGAGGGCUCUCACCAGAGAUCCACACGCUCGACGACAUCAAAAAGCUGGACAGGUUCAAGGAGCCUCCAGCGUUCGGACCCAUGUGUGACCUGCUGUGGGCCGACCCACUGGAGGACUUUGGCAACGAGAAGACACAAGAAUACUUUGGCCACAACACAGUCAGGGGCUGCUCCUACUUCUACAGUUACCCUGCGGUGUGUGAGUUUCUACAGACCAACAACUUAUUGUCUGUCAUCAGAGCACAUGAAGCGCAGGAUUCUGGGUACCGGAUGUACAGAAAGAGUCAGACGACAGGCUUCCCCUCCCUCAUCACCAUCUUCUCAGCUCCUAACUACCUGGACGUCUACAACAACAAAGCGGCGGUUCUGAAGUAUGAGAACAACGUGAUGAACAUCCGCCAGUUCAACUGUUCCCCUCAUCCCUACUGGCUGCCCAACUUCAUGGAUGUCUUCACCUGGUCCCUGCCCUUCGUUGGAGAGAAAGUGACAGAGAUGCUGGUGAAUGUUCUCAGUAUCUGUUCAGAUGAUGAGCUCAUGGAGAAUGACGGAGAGGAAGAGGUCUAUGAUGCCAAUGCAGCGGCAGCUAGGAAAGAGGUGAUCAGGAACAAGAUCCGUGCCAUAGGGAAGAUGGCCAAAAUGUUCCAAGUUUUACGGGAGGAGAGUGAGAACGUACUGACCCUGAAGGGACUGACACCUACUGGCAUGCUGCCCAGCGGAGUUCUGUCUGGAGGCAAGCAGACUCUGCAGAGCGCUACCAUUGAGGCCAUUGAAGCCAUCGAUCCUGUUGAGGACUCAGAAGCGAUCCGAGGCUUCUCUCCUCAACAUAAGAUCAAUAGCUUUGCGGAGGCCAAGGGUCUGGACCGGAUCAACGAGCGCAUGCCCCCCCGCCGUGACGCCGUCAACAGUGUGGGUGUCUCCAUGGGCCGCAUGAACAUGGGGGAGCCCAACGGCACCGACAACAACAGCAAUAUACAGUGAUGGACACACACACAUUUAUACAUAAACACUAAUACACACAGAUAUAAAGUACAUACCCACACAUACACACAUUUAUACAUAAACACUAAUACACACAGAUAUAAAGUACAUACCCACACAUACACACAUUUAUACAUAAACACUAAUACACACAGAUAUAAAGUACAUACCCACACAUACACACAUUUAUACAUAAACACUAAUACACACAGAUAUAAAGUACAUACCCACACAUACACACAUUUAUACAUAAACACUAAUACACACAGAUAUAAAGUACAUACCCACACAUACACACAUUUAUACAUAAACACUAAUACACACAGAUAUAAAGUACAUACCCACACAUACACACAUUUAUACAUAAACACUAAUACACACAGAUAUAAAGUACAUACCCACACAUACACACAUUUAUACAUAAACACUAAUACACACAGAUAUAAAGUACAUACCCACACAUACACACAUUUAUACAUAAACACUAAUACACACAGAUAUAAAGUACAUACCCACACAUACACACAUUUAUACAUAAACA